UUUUUGCACGGCAGAAGUUUGUUGAGGAAAAUACGAACUUUCAAUAUUCUAGAUGCAAACAGAUAUCGGACAAUGUCCUGUGCGAGUCGCUUAACAUAAGCAAGGAUUCACAGCAGAAGCCAAGUCUAUGGCCUCCAGGUCCAUUUGCAAUACCUAUGUCAAAUUACGGGUGUCCAGAGUCAGGGAGUCGUGGAUGGACACAGAGCGAUAUGACAAUGAAACAAACGAAAAGGGCAAAGCAGAGGAAGAAGCAACUCAAGUUAUGUGUUAAAAUGCGACAUGAUUCUGAACUAGACACGGAAAGUUGGAUUCCUGGAAGUUAUACCGUUUACAAGAUUGGAGAGAAUUGCCCGAUAGGUUUUAGAGAUAGCCAAAAAAGAACAUCCUUCUAUGAAUAUGAUUCGUACGGAAUCAUUCCAACUAUCUCAGUUUACGAGACAGCACAAUCACAGAGGAAGAAAUUGGGUAUAGCGACGUGUGACAAAAUCUACACGGAAUCAGAUGUAAUUGAAAGCAAUGUUACGUUUGGAAUGCUGAAAACAAAUUUUAAACUGAUAAAGAAAGGAACCAAGUGUCCAAUGUCUUCCAUUUCUUCUAGAGAUCAAAAAUACUGCGGCAUUGUCCAAGUUGCUGAUGAUAUCGUUGGAAGGGCGGCACGUAUAUGUAGUAGAUUAAAGAGCAUUUACUGGGAAUGGUAUCAAAUUGACUUGCGGCGUUCUAUGCAUGUGUCUAGAAUUGAAAUGGUUUUCAGUCAGAAAAACGAGCAAACAUUUCAACAAUGCUGGCAUAGCGAGAUGAAUUUGGGAUUUCUUUAUGGUGAAGCAUUGAAGUGCAUUUAUACAUACAAGAAUGGUCACUUAUUCUUAAGACACGUCCGUGCCCGUUACAUCGCCUUGGAUUUUCAAGUCUAUACUUUAUCAUCAUCGGCAUCGAAAUCGCAACUGAAGAAUCAAGCAUCAUUUAAGAUCUAUACAACGGAUUCGGAAUCCAUGGAUGGAGAAUUAUGUAAUGAAGAUCUUGGAAUGAGUGAUGGGAGUAUUCAAAAUAAUCAAAUAUUUGUCUCAUCAUGGUCAGAACUUCAUCAACCGUUCAAUUCAAGACCUUCCUCAACUGGUUGGUGCAGUGACAAAGUGAAGGAUGCAAAUCCGUGGAUUAUGGUUGAUUUGAUAUCAAUAACGAAAAUUGAAGGGGUUACUAUAUAUGCUUCGAAAGGAGCACAUAUUCAUUCUUCAGGAAGCUGGAACUCAUUCCAUCUACUAUAUGGGAACCAGACAAAUAAUUUAACCAUUUAUGGCGAAAAGUUGAAAACUGAUUUUGACCAAUCAACGUCUCGCAAGUAUAGAUCAUUUUUGCUUCAAAACUCAGUUGCAGCCCGUUUGAUCAAGUUGGAAUUAAAUAAAAGUGACGAGGCGGAAGAAAUAUGUCUUCGAUUUGAAAUUCAUGGAUGUAAACUUUCAGGAAUACCGAUUUCGUCGGAAUGUGUCCACAAAAUAAAGUCAAAUGUCUUCGUCGCUGAACAAGAUAACAGUCAUGAUCACAUCGACGAAAGCUCGGGGGAAGAGGCAGAUAAUUCCACUUCAUCAAGUGAUUAUAAGUCUUAUAACUAUUUCAACGACAUGGAACAUGAAGAUUAUAGCUACUAUGACAACAAUAACUUGUCUCUAAUUGAAUCAAACAAGGAAUCAACACAGACUGAAUCAGAUGUUUUAACAGCUGAAUUUUGUAUGAUAGAUGCUGUGGAACUGUUUCCAACUUUUAUAGAUGGUAAUGCAACGAUAAUUACGAAUGCACUGUAUCUUCAAAAGGCCUCAGUAAUAAUGUCUAUAGGUUAUCCUUUUCUGACGGGAAGUGGCUACUGUUAUUCAUGGUUAAUAGAUUUUAAUCAUCAGCACUAUGUGAGAUUAAUCUUCACAAACAUCACGUUGAACCAAAUGGCGGUAGAUGAUCAUGAUGGCUGUGAAGACAAACUCAUUCUAGGAACAGAUUUACAGGAGGCAAUAAAGGGGACUGAAAUUGAUAACAAGUUUAACGAAAGUGUAUUUAUUAUUGAAACAAACAAUACUUUUGUAGUUAUAACUUUUCAACUGUGUUUUCAUAAAUUCAAAGGAAGUAGGUUUCGUGCAGUUGUUAGUAAAGAAGAUAUUCCAGCUUGUUUAUCCAUCCGUCCGAGCGUGAAUUGGAGCAAUGGAAGGAAAGAGAUUUGCAUAAAUCCAGAAAUGAUACUUACGUCAAUGUCGAUUUUGAAUAUUCCGUUUGGCAAUUUUGAAGAAAAGUUUAAGAUCCGGGCAAAACAUCACCACGGCAUCGAGAUCGAGUUUAUAGACUUUUAUAUUGUAUGCCCGAUAGAAAUAACCGAGAGUCGCUCUCGCCUCACAAUAAUUGAAAGAAAUGGCAAUAAAGAAAAUACAUACUGCAACACAAAUAAACCUCCGGAAAAAAUCAGUUCCGAAGAAAGAACUUUGUUGAUUGUAUUUCGUAAAUACGAAGACUCGACUAAAGACUUUACUGGAAAGGAGGGAUUUCGAUUACAUUACAGGACAAAAAACUACUCUUUGGCCAACUGGACCGAAAUUGCCGAAAUAGAUGGCGACAUUAAGGGUUCAAAUAUAACAACAGUUUGUUCGCCGAAAUUCAAAAAGUGUUACAACAUAUUUUCGUCAUCGAUGUCCUGGUAUGAAGCCGGUACUGUUUGUGGGGAAUAUGAUCAGUUUCUUGUAACCAUACAGUCACCAAAAGAAUUACAGUACAUUAACUACCUACUUCGUGAACAGAGGUACAUUGAUGGAAGAGCUGAAAUUAGUGAUUCAAAAGGUUCAAGCUAUAAAGCACACAUAGGAUUAAAGCGCAAAAUGGUCACAGAUAGGAAAGAAAAAUAUGUUUGGUCGAACAAUUAUGAAGUAAUAUUUUCGCCAUGGGCAGUUGGUGAGCCAUCAGUUGGAGACUGUACUUGCACAAACUUUCGGUCAUUUAUUACGGACAGAACAUGGGAAUCAGAAGAUUGUAACAAUGAACAUACAGCUUAUUUCAUUUGUCAGUCGGAUUAUAAUGAAAAGGCUAAAGCAAAAUUUGCCUCAAAGAAAAGCAGGUGUAAUACUGUGACUGAAGGAAAUAAAACAAAAAUAGAUUACUCCUACUCCGGGAAAUUGUGUCAGAAUUGGAGUUAUCUAACGGAAAAUGCAUUGAUACAUUUCUUUAAAACAUUUGGCAGUCGACGAGAUGUUUUAAAGACAAAUUCUACAUUAUGUCAAGAUCUAUCUCAUUCUGGAAUAAUGGGUUGCUACGUGAAUGACAGCGAAUCGACGUGGGAGCCAUGUUUCUUUUCACAAACUGGUUCUGAUUCUAUGAUCAUGGACAGUUUUGAUGGUUUAUUUGAAUGCAACUCUACGGGACGCCUUAUACCAUUGGUGAAUAAAUGUGAUAAAACGUUCCAUUGUGAAGACAAAACCGACGAAGUGAAUUGCGCCACAGAAGAACACGACCUUACACGAAACGUUGAUUUAAGCUCCACAAUUCUAAACGUUACGGCCGCUGAAGAAGAAAACUAUCACCUAUGUGGAAGUAAGGAAUGGAUUUCAAUAGCUGCAAAAUGUGAUACUGUAAUAGACUGUUUAGAUGCAUCUGAUGAAAUUGACUGUAUACGACAAAGUACAGACUGCAAUGAAAACGAAUUUGCAUGUGCUGAUGGAAGCUGUAUAAAACUAAGUCAAGUCUGUGAUUUCAAACCAGAUUGCGCUAAUGAAGAGGACGAAUUUUGUGAACUUCGGAACUGUCAUCUCAAUGAAUAUGCAUGUGAUAAUAAGCAGUGUAUAAACGACAGCAAACGCUGCGACUCAAUCCCGCACUGUUUAGAUGGUAGUGAUGAAAUCGGAUGUUUGGAAUGUCGGGAAUCUUUUCACUGUGAUGGGGACAGAUGCAUAGAUAAUAUACUGGUUUGUGAUAAAGUGCGGGACUGUGAAGACGGUAGUGAUGAAAGUGAUUGCACGACAGACGAUGCUUUUUCGUGCGAGAAGUGGUGGCACAAAGGCUAUUUUGAACCUGGCCAAAGAGUUAUUGAUGGCAUGAAAGUGUAUUGUGACUAUGGCUCGAGGGGAGGUCUUCCCAGAAAAAUAACUACAGAAAUUAGAGAUUUAGAUUUGGAUGCAAAAAGGAAAACUUUAUACACAGAGUCUUUAUACAACAAGUCAAAAUAUAUUGCUUUCACCAAAAACAGUGAAUUUUAUAAUUUGGUAACAAAAAUGAAUACAUGCACAGUCGAUGUAAAAAGUACUUGUCAGCUUCCCGAAAACAGCGCUUCAAUGUUCGACGAAAAUUAUCAGCAAUUUACAAAUGAACUUUGUCAAUGCUCUAUAGAGACAUUAAAUCUAGGCACUGAUGUAUAUGAUGACUACAAUUACUAUGAGAAGAGUGUUGAUGAUGGAUAUGAAUAUGAAUAUGAAGAUUUUCUGAUGUAA